AUGGGUCGUAUGCACGCUCCCGGCAAGGGCAUUGCCUCGUCUGCCCUCCCCUAUCGUCGCGCACCACCAACUUGGCUCAAGACGUCGCCAGCCGAUGUCGUCGACCACAUCGGAAAGCUCGCAAGAAAGGGUCUUACUCCCUCGCAAAUCGGUGUUACCCUCCGUGACUCGCACGGUAUCCCCCAAGUCCGAUUCGUGACUGGUAACAAGAUUCUGAGAAUACUCAAGUCGCAGGGUCUCGCACCGUCUAUCCCAGAGGACCUGUGGCAUCUCAUCAAAAAGGCAGUGGCCGUUCGCAAACAUCUCGAGGUCAACCGAAAAGACAAAGACUCCAAGUUUCGUCUGAUUCUCAUCGAGUCGCGUAUCCACCGUCUGGCGAGGUACUACAAGUCGAAGCAAAAGAUUGCCCCGACAUUCAAGUACGAGGCUGCGACGGCCAGCACGCUCGUUGCAUAA